AUGGCCCGAGCCGGGGUCUUGAGAUGGGCCGCCGUCUUAAUAUCACUGCUGGUAGUACUGGUCUCAUCGGGGGGCUGCGUUGAUGCCGUCGGCGUGAACUGGGGCACCAUGGCCUCCCACCCUCUCUCGCCGGACGUCGUCGUCGGCAUGCUCAAGGACAAUGGAUUCAGCAAGGUCAAGCUGUUUGAUGCCGAUUCCUGGUACGUCAGCGCCUUGGCCGGCACCGGCAUUGAAGUCAUGCUCGCCAUCCCCAAUAACAUGCUCGACAAAAUGAGCAGCAGCUAUGGCAAUGCCCAAGACUGGGUCAAAGAAAAUGUCACCAAGCAUUUCGGCCAUGGCGCCCCUGUCAACAUCAAGUAUGUGGCAGUGGGGAACGAACCGUUUUUGACGAGCUACAACGGCACAUUCCAGAAAUCCACAUUCCCAGCUCUGCAAAACAUCCAGAGGGCUCUGAACGAGGCCGGCCUCGGCAACACAAUCAAAGCCACCGUCCCCCUGAACGCCGAUGUCUACGACUCCGCCUCCGACAAGCCCUCCGACGGCAUCUUCCGCCGCGACAUCAAGCCACUCAUGACUCAAAUCGUCCAAUUCCUCCACGCCAACAACGCCCCAUUCGUCGUCAACAUCUACCCCUUCCUCAGCCUCUACUCCAACCCCAACUUCCCCGUCGACUUCGCCUUCUUCGACGGUGGCGCCAAGCCCAUCUCCGACAAGAACAACGUCCAGUACACCAACGUGUUCGACGCCAACUACGACACCCUCGUUUGGGCCCUCAAGAAGGCUGGCGUCCCCGACCUGAAGAUCCUCGUCGGCGAGAUCGGAUGGCCCACCGACGGAGACAAAAACGCCAACGUUAAACUUGCGAAGAGAUUCUACGACGGAUUUUUCCAAAAGAUGGCGAAGAACCAGGGGACCCCACUCAGGCCAGGACACCUGGAAGUGUUCCUCUUCGGGCUUAUCGACGAAGACAUGAAGAGCAUCGCGCCGGGAGACUUCGAGCGGCACUGGGGGAUAUUCCGUUACGACGGGCAGCCGAAGUUUCCGAUGGAUUUCUCCGGGAAGGGGAACGACACGAUGCCGGUGGGGGCGAAGGGGGUGCAGUACCAGCCGCUGCAGUGGUGCGUGUUGAACAAGAACGUGAAGAACAUGAGCUUGGUGGGAUCCAACAUAAACUACGCCUGCGCCAACUCGGACUGUACCAGCCUGGGCUACGGAUCGUCGUGUAACCAUUUGGAUGUGCGAGGGAACAUAUCGUACGGGUUCAACAUGUACUACCAGAUGCAGGAUCAGGACGUAGAGGCUUGCGAUUUUGACGGGUUGGCGACGGUGGUCACGGUGAACGCGUCGCAGGACGGGUGUCUGUUUCCUGUGCAGAUCGUCAGCGCUGGUGAGAGGGUGCGUUUGGUCUUAUCGGCGGUUGUGGGGGCUCUGUUCACCUUCUUUGCGCUCGUGUAG